GAAGCCCCGCCCCGUCUAGGCACCUGAAGUUCCUCGGCGCGGAGGAGGGCGGGGAGACUAAGCUGCUUUCAGCGUCCGCUUGGAGGCCAGCGAGCUCUGUUUCGGCUUGUGAAGUUGCUUGGUUUCUCCCUCUGCGUGGAAAUGCACAAUUUCGAGGACGAGUUAACGUGUCCCAUUUGUUACAGUAUUUUUGAAGACCCUCGUGUAUUACCAUGCUCUCAUACAUUUUGUAGAAACUGCUUGGAAAACGUUCUUCAGGCAUCUGGUAACUUUUAUAUAUGGAGACCAUUACGAAUUCCACUCAAGUGCCCUAAUUGCAGAAGUAUUAUUGAAAUUGCUUCAUCUGGUAUUGAAUCUUUACCUGUUAACUUUGCAUUAAGGGCUAUUAUUGAAAAGUACCAGCAAGAAGACCAUCCACAUAUCGUCACUUGCCCUGAACAUUAUAGGCAACCAUUAAAUGUUUACUGUCUCCUAGAUAAAAAGUUAGUUUGUGGUCAUUGCCUUACCAUAGGCCAACAUCAUGGUCAUCCUAUAGAUGACCUUCAAACUGCCUAUCUGAAAGAAAAGGACACACCUCAAAAACUGCUUGAACAGUUAACUGACACACACUGGACAGAUCUUACGCAUCUUAUUGAAAAGCUGGAAGAACAAAAAUCUCAUUCGGAGAAAAUGGUCCAAAGUGAUAAGGAAGUUGUUCUCCAGUAUUUUAAGGAGCUUAGUGAUACAUUAGAACAGAAGAAAAAAGUUUUCCUAACUGGUCUCUGUGAUGUUGGCAAUCUGAUUAAUCAAGAAUAUUCUCCACAAAUUGAAAGAAUGAAAGAAAUGAGAGAGCAGCAGUUUGAAUUAAUGACGUUGAUAACAUCUUUACAAGAAGAGUCUCCACUUAAAUUUCUUGAAAAACUUGAUGAUGUCCGCCAGCGUGUGCAGAUCUUGAAACAAACACCGCUUCCUGAGGUCCAACCUGUUGAAAUUUAUCCUCGAGUAAGCCAAGUAUUGAAAGAAGAUUGGAACAGAACAGAAAUUGGACAAAUUAAGAAACUUCUUAUUCCUGAAAUGAAAAUUUCUUCAAAAAGGAUGCCAUGUUCCUGGCCUGAUAAUGAAAAGGAAGUUGAACUUUACAGGAUUCUAAACAUUGUUAUAGUUACACUAAUUUCAGUGAUACUGAUGUUGAUCCUUUUUUUUAACCAAGACAUAACAACCUUUCUAAAUGAAAUAACUUCAGUAUGUUUCUCUGAAGUCUCUCUAUCUGUUUACCAAAGUUUAUCUAACAAUCUGCAUGACUUAAAGAAUAUACUAUGUCACAAUUUAUAUUUACUGAAGGAAUUCAUGUGGAAAAUAGCUUCUCGUUGAAAAUUCAAAUUAAAUCAUUUGAAUAGGCUUAUUCUGUAUAGAGACUAACAACCAUUGCUAAAUGGAGAGAUAGGGGUAGCAUGGAUAAAUAAAGUAGCAAACUAAACUAUUAGAGUUGCAGCAAAUAUAUAGAAAUAUUUUAAACCUUUCAUACUUCUUCUGUUGGAUAGAAAUGUGUCAGAAAUGAGACAAAAUGCGUCUAGUUUUCAGCUUGAAAACUAGAAUAAACUAGUAAUUACUUGAUUUGAAUAUUAACACAUUAUUCCAUUUUUAUUGGCUUAAGAGGUUGACUUAAUAUUGCUAUGCAUUUAAACAUUCUUAUACCAAUAUUGUUUUUUAGGGUUAAUAUUACCGUAGUACUCGGCAGAAUCCUGAAAGUGCCUAUGCCUUUAUUUUUGAUGUGUCUCGAAUCUUUUGAAUGGGCAACUAAGGAUAUUGAGGUUUUAAAAUCAAGCAGCAAAGUCUAAAAUGAUAAAAGAUUGCCUAAAGAUGUUUUUGAUCAAACAUACCUGAUCCACACAUUAAUGUGUUUCAGAUUUAAGAGCCCUAAAAUGUUUAAUCAACAUUGAUUCCUAAUAAAGCUAUUGCUUUUGGAAAUCUAAAUGUUAGGGAACAAACAGUGACAUUUUCUAAUACUUAAAUUCUGUGGUAUGUGUAAUUUUAGGAUUUAAUUUUUUGUGUAGUUUUUAGUUGUCAGUCAAAUAAAUCAGUUCUUGCAUAAAAACUCUAAAACAUGUUACUAGAACAGAAUAUAUAUUCCAUCCUCAUCAGACUUGGAUGGCAUAACAUUAAUUGUAUUUGUCUUAAAUUUUCAGACAAACAUUCUCUUAUGUUAUUGCCAAAGUACCAAUGCUCUUAUUGAAUUUUGCUUAAAAGGGAGCCUUAGCACUAAGAGGAUUGACUGCAUUAGGUCCAUUUAUGACCAGAAUCAGAAUAUACCUAGCAUGGUUAAACUAUUGUAUGGGUAAAGAUCAUUUGAAGGGUGUGAUGGAGGUGAGGGAGAGAAAUAUUCAGCAGCUGAGCUAGAAAUAUAAAUGAAUAUUAACUUUAGACUGAAGUUGCAUUGAGUUGAUUACUUAAAAGUAUUAGUCACAACAAAAAGACAUGUACUUUUGAAUAUAUGUAAAUAUUAAUAAACACUGAAAUGUGCUUAUUGUUAUUAAUAAAUUUAUGUUAGCUAUUAUGUAUCAAGCACUUAAUCUCACAUUUCCGAAUUACUCCCACUUUGUAGAUGAAAAAACAGGCACAAAAGUCAUUUGUCCAAGUCCACAUAGUUAGUAUAGGGGAGACCCCUUGUAUUCUUUACAGAGUUCAUGGUGUCAUGCUACCUUUAAAAGAUUAAGUAAGCCAAGAUUUUUAUUAAAUUGGGGCUUCUAGUCUAUACCUAAGCAUUAUAGCUAAAGAUUGAAGCAUAAACCUAUCAACAUUUUCGGUCAUUUUUGUAAACUUGCCAGUUUUUAGUAGACAAAACUUUAUUUCUUGAUGACUUUAAUGUAGUGUGCAUGAAUAUAGUCAAGUACAGACAUACCCUGUUUUAUUGCACUUUGCAGAAUAUUAUGUUUUUUUGUUUUUUUUUAAACAAAGGUUCAUGCAACCCUGCAUGGAGCAUGUCUAUCUGUGCCAAAUUAUGAUUUCCUGAAGGCUCAGAUGAUGGUUAGCAUUUUUUAGCAAUAAACUUUUUAAAAUUUAAGUAUAUACAUUGUUUUUUAAAGAUAUAACGCUAUUAUUGCACAGUUAAUAGACUGCAAUAUCUGUAGCAUAAACAUAACCUUUGUAUACACUAGGAAAACAAAAAAUUUGUGUGACUAGCUUUAUUACAGCUGUCUGGAACCAAACCCACAAUAUCGCCAAGGUAUUGCCUGUACACAAAUAACUAACUCUUAAACAUGCCAUUCUCUUUUGUCUUUGUACCAGGAGGAUGAGAUUGUAAAAUUUAAAGUAUAUAAUCUUGAAAUACUUUUAGUUUUAUGUAUAAUAAGUAUAUUUUAAUAAACUCAUUUUGAUAUUUUAUUUACAUUGAAUGGCUUAAAAAGGUGCUCAAACUCAGGAGUGGUAGUUUGGAAUUUACAUCCCGUGAAUGAAUAUAUAAUAAUUGACAUUCAGUGUUAUUUUUAUUGGUUUCAGGUAUAUUGGUACAGUGUAGUGCUUAGGCAUUUAUAUAAUCUGUGAAGUUGACCCCCUUGAUCAUUACUCAUCUGACACCUACGUAAUCUUUACAUUAUUGAUUAUAUUCACCAUACUG